AAAUAACUGAAGAUGUUUUCCCUAUGUAUUGCCACCGUUGCUGUGUUGGUCUCUCUCAACCUUGUCCACGCUCAGGAGACGGGCACCUUUGUGCGUCUUCGUUCCCAAAAUUAUCCCGAUUAUACUUGGGGACUCCAUCCUAACGGCGACGCAUACAUCAAGCAAGGCUUCAGUGGAAAUGUUUUCCAUAUUGUCCCCGGGUUAACAGGACAACCAGGUACAGUGUCUUUCAACUCCGUGGACUACCCGUGCUCCUAUCUCCGGCAUUAUGGAUAUUUUGUUAACCUUGAAAGUUCAAAGAACCCAAGGAACGCUCACAUCUUCGACAAGGACGCCACGUUCUACCCUCGACCUAACAGAUUUAUCCCAGGGUAUACGGCCUACGAGUCGGUGAACUACCCUGGGCAUUUCAUCCGCCAUGCUGGCUACAGACUGCAGAUACGUAGAGACGACGGCUCUCUCCUGUUUAAGAAAGAUGCCAGUUUCAAAGCUGAGCCAAUUGAAUUGCUGGAAAGAUGUGGCAGUUAAAUUCCAAAUCGCCAUAUGGCAAAGGCAGAGACGUUUGAUACACGACCAAAUAAAAUUCCAUAUUUGGUGAAAUUAUGUAUUUAUGGAAUAAAAUAGUGUAUUAAACAUUUUAUUGAACAAUU